AUGCAGUCACUAGAAAAUGUGCUGAUAAACAACGACUUUAUUUACGAGACACGGGAAGAACCCGGAACAGAGAUCGUAACAGCGAUCUUCUUUCUUCAUCGGGACUCGAGAGUCAUGUGGCGUGCAUUCCCCCACAUCAUGAUGAUCGAUGCAACGUACAAGACAAACAUAUACAAUAUGCCCUUUAUCCAGAUUGUUGGUAUGACGCCUACCAACAAAUCGUUUAUUAUCGUGCAUGCCGUUGUUAGUAAAGAACGGGGUGAUAACUUUGUGUGGGUGCUUGAGAGGGUUAAGUCAAUGUUGGAUGAAUGUAUGGAGCCACGUGUGAUUUUAACGGAUAGAGACCUAGCCCUUAUGGGCGCGUGUGCUAAAGUAUUUCCAGACGCCUCCAGGCUUCCUUGCAGGUGGCACAUACAACAGAAUGUUAUGAAUCACUGCAAGGGUGCCUUCACAGACGACGACUGGAAGAAAUUUAUGUCAUUCUGGGGGACAUUGAUUGAGUCUCCAUCCAUACCCAUCUACGACUACCACUUGCGCAACAUGCGAAAGCGACUUGUGGAGUGCAAACGUUCUAGAGUCUUCAAAUACGUGUACGAUAACUGGCUAAAAGACUAUAAGGAGAUGUUUGUCUUUGUGUGGACUGAUAAGAGGCGCAACUUUGGUAAUCGUACUACAAACAGAGUUAAGAGCCAACACGCCAACUUAAAGAGAUACGUCGAAGAUAGGAGUUUGCUGGACCGUGUAGUUGGUUGUGUCCGGGAUAUAGUUGAGACACAGUUCGGUGAAAUAAGGAAGACUUUUCGAGAAAGCAUCGAAAAAACAAUGAAACACCACAAACACCCGAUGUUUCAACACCUACUUGGAAAAGUAUCCCACAAAGCCCUUGACUUGUUGCAUGGAGAGGCAAUUAGGAAGCUAGAUGUCUUGGAGCGCUUUAAUUCAUCAUGUGGUUGCCAAAUGUGGCACAGCUGUGGGUUGCCCUGUGCUUGUAGGAUAGAAAAAUACAUGCGUAAAGACGACUCCCUUGACGUGGUCGAAGAGCUAGAUGUUGUUAGACAACAAUUACAGUCGCACCCCCCAGCUCAGCAAAAAAGCCUGCUUUCAAAGAUUAAAGCGGUGUUGACUCCAACGAAAUCUACCAAGAAACCACCGGUUGUCCAACAAAAUACUCGUAGCCGACCAACAACAAAGCAGGUACAAGAAAGGUUGGACGAGGCCUCUCGUAUAGAUGAAGAAUUGAGGAGAAGCUCCUUCGGUGAUGCAAACACGUGCUUUGAAGGUUCACGACAAAGUAAGUACGAUAAACCUCGCCACAGCUCGUACGUUCCGUCUCAGGCCUCACAACAGUCGGUUAUAAGGUCCCAAAAACUCAAAGCGAGCCUAAGUCGUUCAAAGAGUUCUAAGAAGAAAGAGACACGAGAUGAUCACGGUUUUCCUUUAAUCAUUGGGGACGAGUACGUGGGAAUCAUCGAACGGUUUAAGUCUGACAUUCCGCCAGUGUUCCAUCCGUACGUCUCGUGCAUACGAGAUGUGAUGCCGGACGGUCAUUGUGGGUUUCGGUCUGUGGCUGUGGGCUUAGGGAUGGAUCAGAGUUCAUGGGGGCUUAUUAGAAGGGACCUUGUCCAAGAAAUGGAUCAGAACGAAUCGAUCUGGUUCCCAAUAUUUGAAGCAUGGGCUGAAGGUUAUUUUUACACGCAUCGUCAGGGCCUAAUUUGGGAUUCAGUGGCCGGUUGUGGGGAGAAUCACUGGAUGGACUUCCCCUUUGCAGGACUUCUUAUUGCACAAACGUACGGUAUCGGGGUCCACCUGUUAACGACAACCAUGGGUGCGAGUUCCACUUACUUCCCAAUACUAAGUCCUCCGGCUAAUCAACAACCAUUAUUCAUAACGCUUACACAUGUUAACGAGAACCACUUCAUACAUGUUAAGCUGGAAGGGGAUUAUCCUAUGCCACCAGCACACGGGCUAUGGUUGACCCACCGAAGACCCCAUACAGAACAAUGGGAAGAUAUGUACUUGCCACGUCUAGAAUGGUAUACAUCGAUAAUGAAUCCUCGGCCAAGAUCAAACCCCAGUCUUAAUUACAUAGAUAGUUACACGGAAGAAUGA